AUGGCUUCUCUCAACCCAUCUCUCCGCCAUCAGGUCAUUCGGAUAUACAAGGAUCUGCUCUUCAUGGGCCGCGAGUACCCCCAGGGUUACGACUACUUCCGAACCCGCUUGCACAAAGCAUUUGCCAGUCAACGACACUUGACCGAUGAGGCGAAGAUCAAGCAAGGUAUCGAGAGGGCAGAAUAUGUAAAGCGAGAAAUCGAAGCACUGUAA